AUGAGACAAUAUCUUAAGAGAUUCAACUAUCCUAACAAUUGGAUAUGCCCUUCUUUGGGUCUCUCAGGUGGUACUGCCCUUUUGUGGAAGAGUGGAUUCACUUUAAAUAUUGUUCAGUCUACUGACAAGAUGAUUCAUACAACUAUCUCUUAUGAUCCUAGUAAGCCGGAGUUCCUUGCUACUUUUCUCUAUGGUUCUACUUACCAUGAUGAGAAAAUUGCACAAUGGAACCACAUUGACAGUAUUGGUGCUGACAUUAAUCUUCCAUGGGUUUUAAUUGGUGAUCUUAAUAUCACUAUGUUUGCCCAUGAAAGAUCCACCAACACUAGGCAAACUACCAUUAAAUACCCUAUAAUACAACAAGUCAUUGAUAGAUCUGACUUGAUUGAUUUAGGGUAUAUAGGUGCUCAGUUUACUUGGUCUAAUAGGCAAUCCGAUUCUGAUAAUGUCAAAGCUAGACUUGACAGGUCUUUGGUGAAUGGUCAUUGGCUGCAUCACUAUAAUAACUCAAAGCUUUUUCAUAUAGAUGCAAUAGGCUCUGACCAUUUACAUAUUGCAGUGACCAUCAAGGAAAAAAACCCUACAAAUAUUUUAAAUGUUGGUUUAAAGAUCCUACUUGUCAACAAGUUAUUAGGGAUGCCUAUAGAACUAAUGUUAGAGGGUCUCAUGCUUUUAAAAUGGUCAACUGCCUUAGAAGUGUUAAAUAUGAGCUUAAGAAAUGAAAUAUUUCCCACUAUGAACAAUGAGGCCAUAAAGGAAGUUGAACAUAAUCUUGAGUUGGCUCAAAAAGCUCAAGAGUCCUUUUAUGCUCAGAAAUCUAGGGAUGAUUUUAUUAAGAACUAUGAUAGAAACACUUCUUAUUAUCAUACAUAUGUGAAUAUAAGAAGGCAUUUCAAUCACGUUAGUUCCUUAAAAUUGACUAAUGGGCAAUGGUCUGAGGAUAGGGAUUCUCUUGAAGACCUUCUUGUUACUCAUUUUAAGAUUAUUUCUACUACAACAAAUCCUACUUUGAAUGAUGAUUUGUUAAAUUGCAUAGACAGAUGUGUUACUAAUGAGGACAAUGAUAAGCUUUUGAGUCCCAUUACUCUUGAUGAGAUUAGGAACACUAUCAAGCAAAUGGCCCCUUGGACUGCCCCUGGUCCAGACGGGUUUCCCCCUGGAUUUUAUAAACAAAAUCUUAAUUUGCUUGAGCAAGAUGUUUUGGAAACAGUCAAGAGUUUCUUUGAUUCCAAACAUCUUCUAAAGAAAAUGAAUCAUACAUUUAUUUCUUUGAUUCCUAAGUGUAUAAGUACCACAAAUACCAGCAUUCUUUUAAAUGGUUCUCCAUGCACUUAUUUUUCUCCUACCAGAGGACUCAGACAAGGAGACCCAUUGUCUCCUUAUCUGUUCAUUUUGUGCAUGGAAUCUUUUUCUAGAUAUCUCAAACAUGCUGAACAUUCUAACUUAAUUCAUGGUUUGAAAGUGACUAAAGAAGCUCCUAGUAUAUCGCAUCUGCUUUUUGCAGAUGAUUGUCUGCUUUUUACUAAAUCUACUCACAAUGAAUCAAGUAAUCUUAUGUCUUUGAUUAGAUAUUUUAGUAGUAUUUCUGGUCAAAUGAUAAAUUUUGAGAAGUCUGCAUGUUUUUUCAGUAAGAAUGUUCAACCUGAUCAUUGUGUGUCUCUUAUUAGAGCUAUGAAUGUUAGGAAGAUAAAAAUUAAUGAAAAGUAUCUAGGUAUACCUCUCUUUAUUACCAGAAAUAGGACUGAGUGUAUGUCACAUUCAAACACUCAUCAUGAUUAUAGAGUGUCUAAAUGGAAAGGUAGACAAUUAGCUCAAUCAGGCAGAUCCAUUCUUGUUCAACAUACCUUAAAAUCUUCUUCUAACUAUCAUAUGAACUCUUUUCUGCUCCCUGACAAUAUUAUUAACAAAAUGGAGCAGUCCCAAAGAGACUUCAGGUGGGGAAAAAAUGGUCAUAAGGGUCACUACUUUAGAAAAUGGGAAAAAAUAGAUCAUAAUAGCUUAGCAGACAUAGCUGCAAAACACAGUAGAAUGUUGAGAAUUUCAGGAGAAUGGGAUGUCAACAAUCACCCAAAUUUUCUCCCUCAAGCUGUAAUCUCUCAUUAA